AAAGCUCAGAGGUAAAGGGGCCAAAACCCUGAGAACCACAAAAUGACAAAUGAGAAAACUCCACCCCGCUGAAGAUAUUCAGGUGUAUAAAAGGCACACAAAGGCAUAUGUAAGCCCUAGAACAUCGUCGUUAACCUUGAGUCUCGUGAAUCUUUUGGCUCGGGAGAAAAAUGAACACCAAGCCUGAUGUGAUUCGAAAGUGUGUGUGCCUUGUGGGUCUAUUCAUCACUGGCACCCUCUCUGUGAACUGUAACUCACUGCAUGUUCACCUGCGUAGAGUCAUCUGGAAAAAUCUGAGACUUUUGAGCACUGUGAGCAAUUCAUUUCCUGUGGCGUGUCAAAGAGAAAACAAAGCUUUUGAGUUGCCCCAAGAUAUCCUGUCAUACACCCAGCCUCUGAAAAGAGGCAUCAAAGAAGCUUUCUAUGAAAUGUCCAUAUUGGCCUUCAAUAUCUUCACUCCAUCCACCUUCCAACCAACUUGGGGAGAGAAACACCUGAAGAAAAUCCAAAUUGGACUUGAUAAGCAAUUGCAGUAUCUGGAGCAAUGCUUGGAGGAAGAGAAGGAAAAUGAAGACAAGAAAGAGGUGGAAGAGGAUGAGAAGAAACACCCAGGAGCUAUGGUCCUCCAGCUGAACCAUCUAGAACUGAGGAGGUAUUUCCACAGGAUAGGCAGUUUUUUAAAAGACAAGAAAUACAGUCACUGUGCCUGGGAGAUCGUCCGAGUGGAAAUCAGAAGAUGUUUCUACUACUUUCAGAAAUUCACAGCACUACUCAGGAGAAAAUAAGGUAGACUUUUAAUAUAAAAUUCCAUUUCUCUCCAAAUCUCCUUCCCCUUUAUCUUCUUUUUAAGAAUUACUGUGCUAUCUGUUAAGCCUGCUCUCGGCUGAAUUGCUGGUUGUUUAUGUGAUGUUUACUCUCUCUACAGUUUGGCCUAGCAACAUCAGCCACGUUCACCUCUCUAAGAGAGGUAAUGCCAAUGUCUGCUGGGUGACCAAGAAUUUUGUUACAAAGUCCUGAAGACAGUCCUGAAGACAGUAAGAAUCCCACUCCAUCUUCUACUUUCUGUUCCUCUUUCCUUUUGCUAUUUUUUACUUGCUUUGAUCGUCACCUUUGAACUUUACCAAGGCAAUGGCUAGAGAAUAUGGAUCAGAGAAUGUUUCCAAAUGUAACAACACCUCAAUGACUUAACCUUUUGCUGCUAAGGUGUUCUAGUCUUAAAUUAAGCCUGUUUCAAGAAAUUAUACAAACUUCCACAGAGUUAAAACCCUUCCUUUCUCCCCUUUCUUACA